AUUAAAUCAAAACUAAAAAAAGCCUCCCCCAAAAUAGUUCCUUUUAGUUUAGGCAGCAUAUUCCACCAAAUCCUCACUUCACUUCCCUUCCAUCUCCGCCGUAGAACCACCAUGGACGGCGGCGAUCAACGAGCCUUAGAUCUAGUCAAAGAAUUAGUCCACCGUUUACUUUCCUUAAACCCUUCCUUAAACCCUAACUCUAACCCUAUUUCAGAUCAACAAUUUCACCAAUCCUUACGUUACGCAAUUCGAAUACUCUCAAGUCACAUGACACCUUCAAUUACAGUCGAUGAAUCCGCAAUGGUUGAGUCAAUUAAGCGCAAAUUGGCUACACAAGGUAAAUCAUCUGAUGCCCUAACUUUUGCUGACGUGUACACGAAAUUCUCAUCGAAAACCGGGCCGGGUUGUGUUAGGAACAAAUGGGCUGUGCUUUAUUUGCUUAAAACUGUAUCUGAAGAUAGGAAAAUAGUACAAAAAAAUCAGUCUAAUGGGUUUUUAGGGUCUGCAUUGUCUGGUGGUUUGCCCGAAUUGGGUAAUUUGGGGUUCAGAAAUGAUAAUAGUAGGGAUUUUAGGGGUUUGGUGGGUAAAUUGGGUAAUUUGAGUGAUGAUUUGGGGGUUAGAAAUGAUAAUAGUGAGGUUUCUAGGGGCUUAAUGGGUAAAUUUGGUAAAAUGGAGAAGGGGUCUAGUGAUGAAUUUCAGAAAAAUCGUAAUUUGGGGCUCGAAAAUGAUAAUAGUAAGGAUUCUAGGGGCUUAAUGGGUAAAUUGGGUAAAAUGGAUAAGGGUUAUAGUGAUGGUAGUUUGAGUGAUGAAUUUCGGAAUUUGAAUAGUGUGAGCGAUAAUUCAAGGGUUUUGAAGGGUAAAAGUGAAGUAGGAAAGGGAUGGAGUGGAGGGGUUUUGAUGGUUUCGAAGGAUCCCGAGAACUUGCGUGAUAUGGCAUAUAAGGAGUUUGUGAACUUGUCGAAGGAAGAAAAUGAGGUAUCGGAGGAUGUUUUAGUGAGGGAUGUGUUGUAUGCUUGUCAAGGGAUCGAUGGGAAGUAUGUAAAGUAUGAUGAGAAAGCGGAUGGAUAUGUGUUGCCUGAUUGGAUGAAAGUUCCAAGGGCUACGAGGAGUGUUGUGAGUAAGCUUUGUGAGCUUGGAUGGUUGUUUAGGAAAGUUAAAGGGUAUAUUUCAGAGAGUAUGAAUCAGUUCCCUGCUCAAGAUGUAGGCACAGUUGGUCAAGCGUUUUGUGCUGCAUUGCAAGAUGAGCUUUCGGAAUACUAUAAACUGUUGGCUGUGCUCGAAGGGCAGGCGAUGAAUCCGAUACCGUUGGGUUCGGAUUCAUGUUCAGGAAAUUAUAUGUCUUUAAGGAGAUUGUCGGUUUGGUUUGCUGAGCCAAUUGUGAAGAUGAGAUUGAUGGCUGUUUUAGUUGAUAACUGUAAGAGCUUAAAAGGUGGAGCAAUGGCUGGUGCAAUUCACAUGCAUGCUCAGCAUGGCGAUCCACUUGUUAAUGAUUUCAUGAAAAGGUUAUUGCGUCGGGUGUGUUCUCCUCUUUUUGAAAUGGUGAGGAGAUGGGUUCUUGAAGGAGAGCUCGAAGAUAUAUUUUCUGAGUUUUUCGUUGUGAGUCAACCUGUAAAAGACGAGUCGCUUUGGAGAGAAGGUUACCGCCUUCAUGCUGCCAUGCUCCCUGCUUUUAUUUCCCAAUCUCUUGCCAAACAGAUUUUGAGAACCGGUAAGUCAAUCAACUUUCUCAGAGUUUGUUGUGAUGAUCGCGGUUGGGCUGAUGCUGCAACAGAAGCAGCAACAGCUGUUGGAACUACGACCACAAGAGGAAGUCUUGGUUAUGGCGAAACUGAUGCACUUGGAUCUUUGGUAACGGAAGCAGCAAAAAGAAUUGAUAAGCAUUUACUUGAACUCAUGCACAAAAGGUACAAACUCAAGGAACAUUGUCUUGCCAUUAAGCGUUAUUUACUUCUUGGUCAAGGUGAUUUUGUACAAUAUCUAAUGGAUAUUGUGGGUCCCGAGCUUUCCGAGCCAGCUAAUACUAUCAGCUCAUUUAAGCUUGCAACUUUAUUGGAGAGUGCUAUCACAUCGUCUAAUGCUCAGUAUGAUGGUUGUGAUAUACGAGCUAGAUUAAGGGUUAAGAUGAUGCCACAUAACACUGGAGAUAGAGGGUGGGAUGUAUUUUCUUUGGAAUAUGAUGCAGGUGUUCCUUUGAAUACAGUUUUUACGGAGUCCGUAAUGACAAGAUAUAUAAGAGUUUUCAAUUUUUUGUGGAAGCUCAGAAGAGUAGAACACGCGCUAACUGGUACUUGGAAGACAAUGAAACCAAAUUGUAUCACUUCCCAUUUCUUCUCCAAGUUGCCACAAGCUGUUAAGUUGCAGUUGAUUUUGACAUCAAGAAAGUGUCAAGUUCUUUGGGAUGAGAUGAAUCACUUUGUUUCUAAUUUGCAGUACUACAUCAUGUUUGAAGUUUUGGAGGUCUCAUGGUCUAAUCUUGUGAAAGAAAUGGAAUUAUCUAAAGACCUUGAUGAUCUUCUUGCAGCGCAUGAAAAGUAUUUGUUUUCAAUUUUAGAGAAGUCUUUGCUUGGAGAACGUUCUCAGGAUCUUAACAAGACACUCUUUGUUUUAUUUGACCUAAUACUGCGCUACCGAAGUCUUGCAGAUCGACUCUAUGAAGGCAUUAAUGAGCUGCAAUCAAGGACAACUGCAGAAACAUCAAUUAACUCUCGUGAUAAAGUCAAAUCACGGGGAAAAUCAAAUGAUAAAUCUUCAGAACCAGGGUCAUGGCUUGGUGAAGGCAGAAAGGCUUUAACUCAACGGGCUGGAGAAUUUCUCAGAAAUAUGGGAAAUGAUAUAGACGCGAUUGGAAAGGAUUAUGCAACCAUCUUUGAGGGGUUCAUUUCACAGUUGCCCGUGCAGCAGCACAUUGAUUUGAAGUUUCUCAUGUUUAGGCUCAACUUCACUGAGUUCUAUAGUCAGUUACAGCCAAUUACAAGAGGGAAGCUUUUCUAGCGUCAGGUCUGUUACACUUUCUGACUUGCAGUCAAAUUCGCAGUUGCUCUUUCA